GACACCAACAUGGCCGCCACCUUAUGUCGAUAACGGUUCUUUCUCAAUGUUAACUUACAGCGCAAGUUUCAAACCCAAAUGCUUUGAUUAACCGUUACACUGAGCGACUAAGAAUCUGCACCUGUUACCACAUUUUUGACGCCGACAUGUUCCAGGUAAUCGGCGGGCGGAGCGUCCAGGCUGCCCGGCUCUUCGCACCCAGGAGCGCCGUGGUCGUGGAGGUUGUCCGGGGCAGAAAGUCCCGCACCGACCCGGUAGCCAAGUCCAAAGUGGGGCGACUCAAAGUGCCUCCCCCCGUCGAUCCGGUGGAGAUGGUGGUCCUCAAGGAGAGAUACACGGAGUACCAGCUGAUCAUGAGGGCGCUUCGUCUGGAGUUUAAGGAGGAGGUGCUUCGAACAAAGUACGAGGAGGAGACGGGCUCCCUGGCGGAGGAGAGGGCGAGGCAGGAGGCGGAGGAGCAUCGCGCCCUCAUGGCCUGGAACAACCAGGAAAACCUCCGAAGGCUCAAACUCAGGAUGCUGAGGGUCCAGAAGGAAAAGGAGGAUGCUGAGCGCAAGCAGGUAGAAGCUGCCAUUAAGCGUGAACAAGAACAGCAAGAAUUCAUCAAAGAAAAAGAGAGGGAAAUUUUGAAGUUGCAGGAGGAUGCAAAGAACUUCAUCACCUUGGAGAACAUGGAUCAGCGUAUAGAAGAGGCUCUGGACAAUCCAAAGAAUUACAACUUUGCCAUUGACAAAGAAGGGAGAGUUGUUAAACAGACAAUGCUGCAGUGAAACCCCAGACCGACCUGUAUGUGUCUGUCUCAGAAGAUAAACAAAGACAGACGAACAUCAUUCAGUUGUAGUCAGGACUGUGAGCCGAGUUCAGUCUGAUCACCGUGGAAGCGGAUUUCCCUCAAACUUAAACACAGAAAACAUUCAGCGUGAGAGUGUUAUCGUAGCUGUCAAAGUAAGAAAUAUCUGAGACGUUUCCAUUAGCAGAUGACGUGGAGAUUCUGAAUCCAUUUUGAAACAAUUUAAAGUGACUAAUGUUGAUGGAAAGCUUCUAUCACGUUUGAUGGUAUUCUCCUAGUUUGAUGGAAAACCUACAUUCUCAUGUCAUCAGGAAAGUAUGAGCUUGAGUUCAGUUUGGCUUUUGACAGAAUGAGACCAUGUUUCCAUCACAGGGCCACGCUGCCUUUAUUUUCUUCCUUAUUUGAGUGCUGGACUGUCAACAUGUUCUUUUCAUCUUUACUGUCUUCUCAUGAUAUGCAAUGUAUGUAAAGUAAAUUAAUGUUUAUUGGA